AUGGAUUUAGACACCGCACGUCGACAUACUGCUUCAGCUUUUUCCUCCAACUCUCAUAUUGCCAACUCUGCUACUGUUGUCGAUUGUCCGACACCAAACGUUAAUAACGCCACCAAUACAGCAACUACAGCUGCAACACUGUUCGGUACAGGUGCUGCUUCGAAUCUGAAUCCCACUACACCGUUGAAUUCAAUUGUUAACUUUUGUCCAACAUUACCGAAUCCAUCAUCUAGUCUGUUUGCUACUGCGCCACAUCCUGAUGCUUUUCAUCAUACAGCGCCAGACGAUGCUACUGAUGCAUCGAAUGCUGACCUACGCAAAACCGACGACAAAUAUUCAGACAAAAAAACAAUUAAAUCGGAAUUUAUUACUGGUACAGGAAAUUCGGAAACUGAACCUCAAGCCGAAACAUCACCAGACGUCUGUUUGGUGAACAGUCAACGACCACGUAGACAACGGACACAUUUUACCAGUCAUCAGUUAACUGAACUGGAAAACUGGUUUUCUCGAAACAGAUAUCCAGAUAUGGCAACUCGAGAAGAGAUUGCACUUUGGAUCAGUCUAACAGAACCAAGAGUCAGACAGUGUAAAGUUGUAGUAACAGAAAUAGAAUGA